AUGGCUGAAGAAAAUCAAGAAAAGACCACUUUCAUCUCUCACCGAGGAACAUACUGCUACAAGGUAAUGUCGUUCGGACUCAAGAAUGAAGGGGCGACAUAUCAAAGGUUAGUCACCAAGAUAUUCGAAGAACAACUUGGUAAGACCAUGGAGGUUUACAUCGACGACAUGCUAGUAAAAUCGACAAAGAAAGAGGAUCACAUUGGCCAUCUGAAGGAAGCCUUCGAGAUAUUGAGGCAAUACGGGAUGAAGCUGAAUCCCGAAAAAUGCGCCUUCAGCGUAACUUCAGGAAAGUUCCUUGGUUUUCUAGUGUCACAAAGCUGUAUUGAGGUCAACCCGGACCAGAUUAGGGCCAUCGAAGGAAUACCGGAGGUACUGACCAGCAAAAAGCAGGUGCUCGUCGAUUUCGUCGCUGAUUUCAGCGUGGAAAUAUUGCUUGAAAUAGAGCAAGAAGCGCUCCGCGCUUCCGCACACACCAACCUCUGGGUCCUCUACACCAACGAUGCUUCUAAUGCCUCGGGAUCAGGACUGGGACUCAUCCUCGAAGUUCCUACGGGCGAAAGACUACAAAAGUACCAGUCGAAAAUUCACAAACUGCUACCAGAAUUCGAUGAAUGCCGCUUCGACCAAAUACCUAGGGCGCAGAAUAUCGAAGCAAACGACCUCGCCAAGCUAGCAGUAGCCACCAAAAAUAUCAACAAGGAAAACGUGGUCACCCUUCUCCAUUACGCAGUAGACCACAUCGAGCCAAAUGCCUUGGGCCAAACCAAACAAGAUGAGUACUGGAAGAAGUACACGAAGGGCACUGUGGCGCCCACACGGGAAACCGCGCCCUUCGUCCGAUGCCUUAUAUGCGCCGGAUACUACUGGCCUACCAUGAAAAAAGAAGUCGCGGACUACGUUAGGAGAUGUGAACAGUGUCAGAAGUAUGCCCCUAUGAUACAUCAAGCAGGGGAACUUCUUCAUUCCAUCACUUCACCAUGGACAUUCAUAAAGUGGGGGAUGGAUAUAGUCGGACCUCUCCCAGCCGGACGAGGUAAUGUACGUUUUCUUUUGGGUUUAACUGAUUACUUUUAUAAAUGGGUGGAAGCAGGUGCAUACAUUCAGAUACGUGAGCAAGAGGCUAUCACGUUCAUAUGGAAAAACAUAAUAUGUUGUUUCUGCAUCCCCAAAGAAAUCAGUUGCGACAACGGGCCUCAGUUCGUCGGAAAGAAAACGACCGAGUUUUUCAAGAAAUGGCACAUUAAACGAAUACUCUCCACGCCAUAUCAUCCCGCCGGUAAUGGUCAAGCCGAAUCCUCCCAUAAAGUAAUACUGAGUAUAUUGAAAAAGAAGCUUGAGGACGCCAAAUGGCUAUGGACUGAACUACUACCGGAAGUAUUAUGGGCAUACCACACCACACCAAAAACCAGUACAGGUAAGAUGCCAUAUUCACUAGUCUACGGGACUGACGCAGUUAUACCAGUCGAGGUCGGAGAGCCUAGUUUGAGAUACUCCAACGAGAGAGGACCAAGCAACGAUGAAAGUAGGCUACAAGAUCUGGAUGAAAUCGAAGAACGGAGAGACGUGGCCCGCAUAAGAAUGGUAGCCCAAAAGCAACAAGCAAAAAGGUACUACAACAAGAAGGCCAAAGUGCGACCGCUCAAAGUCGGAGAUUACGUCCUCAAGGCUAAAACACAAGUAGCGAAAGACCCUAAUGAGGGAAAACUGGGACGGACCAUACAAAAUCACAGCCGUAGCAAACAAAGGAGCAAUCUAGUUAGAGACAAUGGAGGAAACACUACUCCAAAACAACUGUAA